AUGACAGAGUUGGAAACCAACACAUUGUACAUUGCACUGAGUGCCCGCAAUGAUGAAGGAGACUAUCAUUGGGCCCUCCUUCUUCCCUUCUCACCUACGAAGUAUGGCUACUAUGACGCAACCAACAGUGCCGCUGUUGGUGGGCGGUGGACUUCCCAGAUCCUCGAGGAAUUUCUUCCCGUGACUUCGCACAAUCUGGUUAGCAUAUACCGCGUUGGCAGCAUAUCAGCUGUAGAGGGAGCGAGGAACAAAGUGGAGGAGAUAUGUCGCACCGUACAGGCUAACGGAGAGCCGUCUCUGAGAACUGGGAAGAAUUUUAAUUGCAAGGUAUGGGUUCAGGACGUGCUAUUUAAGUUGGAUGGGAUGGAUGUAUUGAAACUCAAAAAGAGCCUUGACGACAUCGAAAUUGAAAUUUUCCGCUAUGCGGACAGUGUGGAGGACGAAGUGCUUGCAGGUAAAAGGCCGGCUUUGGUUAUUAAUGAUACAUUAGCCUCUAAAUAUUAG